AUGAUUAUUGAUCAACAAAGAGAAAUUUCGUCUUAUCAUGAACAAAUAACAUAUGUACCUAAACGAGAUUCUACUCAAUUAUUUCUUUCAUCUAAUGAACAACCAACAAUUUGUCCAUUAUCUUGUGGUAUUCAUGGAAAAUGUAUUGCAUAUAUUAAUAAAAAUUCUUCAUAUUUUUGUAAAUGUAAUCAAGGUUAUUCUGGUAUUUAUUGUCAAAAGGAACAUAAUUGUACUUGUUCAUCUGAUUCAUUAUGUAUAACAUCAUCUAUAUGUAUUUGUCCAAUAAAUAAAUUUGGUUCAAAAUGUUAUUUAAAACAUUCAUUUUGUCAAUCAUGUGAAAAUAAUGGAUUAUUUAUAUCGAAUGAUAAUCGUUUUCAUUUAACAAAUAAUUUUACAUGUUUAUGUCAAGAAGAAUUUUAUGGAAUACGAUGUGAAAAUACUAAAAAUCAAAUUGAUAUUGAAUUUAAUGAAGAAACAAUAAAAAAAUAUCAUUGA